AGGAAGCUUUAUUUGGACCACGGCGCAGCACAAAGUCACACCUGGCAGGACUUUACCUCCAUCACAAAACCAAGUCCGGUACCGGUCCAUCCAUCCUGCCAUCCGUCCAUCACAAAAAAAGGAGUCUCAGUUCCUCCUCCUCCUCCUCCUCUUCCUCCUCCUCCUCCUGCGCACCUCCAACUUGCGUCUGUUGCGCACCGCCUGCAGCCGUCAACAGGUCACCCACGCCGGGGCUCGCCAGGGAGGUCUGAGGGGGUCCAGCCCGGUCCACCGGACUCGGAAGGAGACUUUUUUGUGGACUUUAGAGAAAAAAGUUUCCGUGUCAAGAAGUUUGGCGCUCUUUUUUUUUUUUUUUUUUGGCCACCCUUGGCGUGUGCACGAAAACCAACAGGGAAAAAAAAGUGCACGUUUGAAAAUUAAUAUCGCGCUUUUUAUUUUGUUUUAUUAUAUACCUUUUUUUUUCAAACAGACAUUUUCUACCCUAAACUUGUGUUAUUUUUUUGAGUAUAUAAGAUGAGCAAACCUGCCGGCUCAACAAGUGGCUGUUUGGAUAUUAUCAAUGUCAAAUCAAGUCGCAUCUUGGACAUCCCGUGCAAGGUGUGUGGGGACCGCAGCUCGGGCAAACAUUACGGCGUCUACGCCUGUGACGGCUGCUCGGGCUUCUUCAAGAGGAGCAUCCGCAGGAACAGAACUUACGUCUGCAAGUCCGGUUCCCAGGGUGGGUGUCCUGUGGACAAAACCCACAGGAACCAAUGCAGAGCGUGCCGUUUGAAAAAGUGCCUGGAAGUGAACAUGAAUAAAGACGCUGUUCAGCACGAGAGAGGACCCCGCACGUCCACCAUCAGAAAACAGGUGGCCCUGUACUUCCGGGGUCACAAGGAGGUCAACGGAUCUUCGGCGCAUUUCCCAGGAUCCUCUCUGCCGGGGCCGCCCUUUUUCGCCGCCGUCACGCAACUGGAGCCUCACGGUUUGGAGAUGGGCGGCACGCCGGAGAGACAGGCCAUCGUGAGCCUGGCGCAGCCGACCCCUAAGUACCCCCACGAGGUCAACGGCACCCCUAUGUACCUGUACGAGGUGGCCACUGAGUCGGUGUGCGAAUCGGCGGCCCGCCUUCUCUUCAUGAGCAUCAAGUGGGCGAAAAGCGUGCCCGCCUUCUCCACGCUCCCCCUAUCUGACCAGUUGAUUCUGUUGGAGGACGCUUGGAGGGAAUUGUUUGUCCUGGGCAUCGCACAGUGGGCCAUUCCCGUUGAUUCCACCACUCUACUCGCCAUUUCUGCAGGGAUGAACGCAGAAACCACGGAAUCCCAACGGACGAACAAGAUCAUGUCCGAGAUCCAAGCUCUCCAAGAGGUGGUCACCAGAUUCCGACAAAUGCGGCCGGACGCCACCGAGUUCGCCUGUCUGAAAUGCAUCGUGACGUUCAAAGCCGUUCCAACUCACGGCAACACGGAGUUGAGAAGUUUCCGCAACGCCAGCGCCAUUGCUGCUCUGCAAGAUGAGGCGCAGUUAACUCUAAACAGCUACAUCCACACCAGGUACCCCACUCAGCCCUGUCGAUUCGGCAAGCUCCUCCUGCUUCUCCCGGCCUUGCGCUCGGUCAGCCCCUCCACCAUCGAGGAGGUGUUCUUCAAAAAGACCAUCGGCAACGUACCCAUCACCAGGCUCCUCUCCGACAUGUACAAGUCCAGCGACAUAUGAGCUUCUUCUAACCUGAAGGACAAACAAACUGAGAGCCACCCAGCAGGCGAGAGUUAGCCGACAUCUGUACUUUUAUUUUCUUUCUUUUUGCUUGUUGAAGCGUUGGGUGACGUGAAAGAAGACACUUCAAUGCAACAUCGGUGGCUCUAGUGAAGGAUUAGUGUAAGUAAAUUCACCUGUAUGAGGAAACAGGUCACAUUGACGACUAAAGACUCUGGAGACAUGACAAAGAUGUGUUAUAUAUAAAAAAUUGCGAGUGUCUGUGAGACCAAUGAGCUUGACGACCAACUUAAUAUUUUUACUGCUGCGUUCAAUCCCAAUGGAGGAAACCAAAAAAAAAAAAAAAAAAAAAAAAAAAUGGCCAUGUCAGUCAUUGCUCCUCACCAUCUGGUGCCAGAACCUAACGCACCGGACUACUGAAGAGUCAAAGAUGAGUUUGUGAGGACAUGCAACUAAAGAUGGUGUAUGUAUUUAAAUAUUUCUAUCCAGGCGCCAUGUUCAAAUGUUUAGGUCAACUUAAAAGUUAGACACUAACGUGGAUACAAAAAAAAAUUAAUAUU